UUAUAUAGACUUUUGAAAUUGCCCACCCUGUAGCCCAAGACCACCCCAAAAUUAAUAUAAUUUGCAAAUGUGUAGGGGCAUAAGAAAUUAAAGAAGCAAGCAAGCACAGAGAGAGAGAGAGAGAGAGAGAGAACAAGAGAAAGAAAGAAAAUCUUUCAAAAUCCACCAUUGCAACAGCGACUGAUGCAAUGUUCCAAACUGAACCCGGAAACUCAGAGCUGCACGCGAGUCUAUUAUUCAUAAGUCUAUCGCCACGCCCCGCCUUACGGAAUGAAGGCGGAGCAACGCUGGCGUCUCCCUACCAACGCGCAUGCGCCGGAGGCCGCCAUUUCCUCUCGCGGCCUUCGCCCGUCCGGACUCACCCAUUUGAAGCGGAGGAAGGGGGGGAAGAGAAAGGGGAAAAGUACCAUUUGAGGCAGCCUCCGGUGAAAAAAGUUCGUUUCGCCCCUCUGAAUUGAAGAGGAAGAAGAAGAAGAAGAGAAAUACGGAGAAAAAGGGCCGCUUCCACCCUUCUCCCCCCCCGCCACAUUCUCGUGGUACUUGGUUCCGUCCGUCCGCCUCAUCGCCGAGCGGGCCUUCCUUCCCGCGCAGGCGCAGUGGUUUACCGGUUACCGCGCAGGCGCAGAAGGCUGCCUUGGAACGCGUGCGACUUAGGUGAGUGGGAUAGACAUCAAAGAGGGUGGGGAGCCGCCUGCAUCCCUGUUGCCAUGGAGACGGGAUGGGAGGGGGCAGGGGAGCUACCCAGGGUUGGGGGGACAAUGGGGGAGGAAUUUUGGGGUGGAUAUGGGCUUGGUGGGUUGGGCCACAGCUGGUAAUUUUAUUUUGGCUGCUGCUGAUUUGCAUAUAUUUGCAUAUUCUGUUUGGGCUGCCUGCGACGUUCGUGGACCCCCUUGCUGAUUUGCAUGGAUUUACAUGCGUUUGUUAAGUUGCAUAGGUUUAUUUGCAUAUAAUUUAUUAUGGUGCCUGCCAAUGAUUUUUUAAAAUAAUAAUAAUAAUACCGUUUAUUUGUUGGUUUCGUGAAAUUUGUACAUCGCUCGAUUGCAAAAAAGUAACCGCUCUAAAGGGUUGACCAAAGAAAGACAGAUAAAGCGAUGAAAUUAUCCAUCAGGAAAAUCAACAGCAAUAAUGAAAAACUUUCAAAAAGUUAAAACAGCUACAGGCUGAGAUCCCAUUAAAACUUGCCGUCGGCUUUUUAAACAUCCCUGGAGGCUUGUUGAAAGAAUAAUGUUUUUAAGCAGGUGCUGAAAAAAUUGCCUGCCAAUAAUUUGCAUAGAUUUGUGCAUUCUCUGGCAUUGAUUUGCAUAGGUUUUCUCGUUAACAGCCUUGGCCACUUCUGAUUUGCACCUGUUUAUUAAGCUUCCCAGUUUUUUAACGAAUUGAGGCCAAAUUGCAUCAAAUUUAACAGGUUUUUUUUUUAAAAAAAAGUUUAAUUCCAACUAUUUGUGUCCCAGUUUUCCCCCAUUACUGCUUGAUGCUACAGUGAUAGCAUCAAAUACAGUUUAUUUCUGGCAUAGAGAGUGAUUCUGAGCAUGCAUUUUCUAUAUUCUGUAUUCUAUUUCUCACUGGGCAAGAGCAAAAAGCUGCUAUUUUGAAGGCGAAUUACAUCUUUCUCCCCACUUCUUUGGCCUUUAAAGGAUUAACCCAGACCUCUGACCCACAAAAUGUCCGAAUCACAACAGAUUUUGUUUUUUGGUUUUUUUAAAUAAAUUUUUAUUGGAAAUUUUAUUUACAACAUAACACAAACCCCCGCAACCCAGAAAUCCACCCCCAUCAGACACAAACAUAACAAACAACAAGCAUAAUAUACAACAAUACAAACAGCCAAAUAAAAGACUUCCUUUAUCCUGUUUCUGGCAUCCUUAUUUACUUCUUAUAAGCUGUUUCCUUUAUAAAUAAUUAUUAAGAUUUUUCUAAUUAUAACUUAAAUAUCCAUAAAGUCUCCUGCACACAUUAAUCGAAACAAGUCCAGGUAUGAAUUUUAGGGCACUGUUUUGUGAAGUAUUCUCUGCAUUUCCCCCAUGCGUUUUGAAAUUCUUGUCUAGUAUGAUCUCUAAUUGCCUCUGUUAAUCUAGCCAGUUCAAUAUACUCUAACAGUUUGUCUUGCCAUUCCAUUUUUGUUGGCACAAUUUCUUUUUUCCAGUUUUUAGCAAUUAGGAUCCUUGCCGCUCCUGUAGCAUAGAGGAAUAUUUUCUGAUCUUCUCUUGCUAUACCUGUGUCCGUUAUCCCUAGUAGAAAAGCUUCUGUAUUUUUUAUAAAGUUAUACUUAAACAUUUUUUUAAGCUCGUCAUAUACAAUGUUCUAGAAGCUUUUGAGAAUCACAACAGAUUUUGGAUAAGUUGGACUGUGCUGCACCUUACCGGUACAGUAAUUUAAUUUUUUUUCCCAUCAGUAUAUACCUGGGAGUGUUUUCGCCAAAAUGCUUUGGCCAGGUGUCGAUCUGCGUGCUUGAGCAAUAACAUAAAAAAUUUCCCAUUUAUGGGCGUCUUCCAAGACUUAAAAGCCAAACCAUCUCCUGAGUCAACAAUUAUGUGUGUAUCAUAUUCAGAGUUGCCUGGAGGUGACUGUGAAAUGGAAUUUUACCAGCGACUCGGCUUGGCUUCCCCAGAAAAUUUUGGAUCUGGAACUUUUCCCCCCUCUGCAACGGGAGAGAUCCAAUCGUUUUGUUUACCCCACAGAAGCCAAACAAGCAAAAAUUAAACCAAUUGAUGUUAAUUUGACACCUUCCAAAAAUAUAGUUGGACGUUUGCUUGAAUUCAAUGCAAAUUCAAGGUGGAUAAAACUCCAAAAAGGAGUUGGACGUUUGCUUGAAUUCAAUGCAAAUUCAAGGUGUAUAAAAAUAAAAGAUUAAAAAAAUAAUCAGAUUUUUAAGAUUUAAAUUGGAUUUUUUAAAUAAAAUCCUUCUGGAGGAAAAAUCUUUCUAAAGAUUUUCUAUUUAAGUUACAUUAUAGUCCGAAGGUUAUUCAUCAGGAAAUAAGGAUUUGUUUUAAGUUUUUCUGUGUGCUUAAACUCAGUCUAAGUUGUUUUUUUUUAAAUGUUUAGCCGCAUCAGUUAACAAACAUGGAUACAUAUGCUAUAAUGUUAUUGUUUUAGUUAAAUAAAUUGUUUAAAUUGUUACUAAGGAAAUGAUUAGUUUUCUCCUUCCAAUAAAGAACAGCAGAAAAGUUGUCCAAAUAUAAACAGUUAACUUAUUAAACCUCACCAUAAUUUCAUAAUUACUUGUCUGUGUAUUUCUAAUAGUAGAACCAAAUCGGUAAUUUUUGAUAUAACUGUAAAAACUACUCUGAAAAUUUAUCAAUCCAAAUGAAAUCUUCAUCUGGUUUGUAAAUAUUAAGAUGAUACCAGCAAGAAUGAGUCUUUCUGUAAAAAAAGGAAGAAGAUUUAAAUCAAGUCUUACUGACUAGUGAUUUAAAUCGUGAUUUAAUAGCGAUUCGAUUUAAAUCAAAUCUACCCUGAUUGCAAUUUACUUCUGAGUAGACAUUGCUUGGUUCCUGUUUUCUCCAACCCAUCUUUCCAAAACUUUGCAAAGUUUGGGCUUCGCUAAAAAGUUUGAACUCGCUAAAAUGACUGAAUUAAUAAGAAACCUCUCAGGCGACAAGGUUGAAAAAAGAAUGGGAUUGAUUUAAUAACUAUCUAAUAAAAUACGGUUCCAACAACAUCACUUGGCUAUGCCCUAGACUAACUUCACAGAUAUAAGGGAACGUUGUUUUUCAAUUAUGGAAUACAGAUAAGUUGAAUGUAAAAGAAAUUUGGAAACCCCAAAGAGAUCGAGGGAAGUCAAAUAAUAUAGAAGGGACUCAAACCACUUUAGGAGAAUAAUCGGAACGUAACGAAAAAGAAAAGUGAAUAUGAAGGUAAUGUCGUUCUAGGAAUUUUGGGUAUAAAACAUUCAAAUGAUGGUUUGUAAUCCUUAAAUAAUUUUGUGUUUUUGAUAAUAAAUUUUUGUUUCCCCCCCAAAAAAUGUUGUUUAAUUUUUACUUUUUUCAUAUUUCGUUCAUGUAUAGCUUUAUUUUCUGUUUAUGUGAAUGCAACGAUCAAUUUAUUUUCUUGCCGUGUAAAUUUUAAAACGAAAUGAAGUAUUUUUAAAAGGGCGGGGGGGGGGGAGUUUGGACUUCUCCGAAACACGGACUUUCACAAAAAACAAAAACCCUCCUUUUCUCUUCCUUUAGGUAUUUUUUGAAGUAGCUCCUGCCCGGGCAACCAUGGUGACUGAGAAGGAAAUUGAACAGAUUGGCCGGACGCUGGUGGACGCCGGCCAGCCCCUGAAAGCCCGUUUCCGGGCGCUAUUCACCCUCCGAAACCUAGGGGGGGCUGCAGCCAUUGAGUGGAUCAGCCGAGGUUUUGGGGACGACUCUGCGCUCCUCAAACACGAACUGGCUUACUGCUUAGGGCAGAUGCAAGACGAGAGAGCGAUUCCAGUCCUCAUUGAGGUUCUCCGAGACGCUAGCCAGGAGCCCAUGGUCCGCCACGAAGCUGGUAAGAGGGACUGUGUUGACAGAUUGCAGGGGGGCUGGUUUGGGGAACGCUUUUAAUGUCUGGAGAAUUAUUAUGGGAUGCGGGUGGCGCUGUGGUCUACAGAGCCUCUUGGGCUUGCCGAUCGGAAGGUCGGCGGUUUGAAUCCCCGCAAUGACAGGGUGAGCUCCCGUUGCUCGGUCCCAGCUCCUGCCCACCUAGCAGUUCGAAAGCACGUCAAAGUGCAAGUACAGUGGUACCUCGGGUUAAGUACUUAAUUCGUUCCAGAGGUCCGUACUUAACCUGAAACUGUUCUUAACCUGAAACACCACUUUAGCUAAUGGGGCCUCCUGCUGCCGCCACGCCGCAAGAGCCCGAUUUCUGUUCUUAUCCUGAAGCAAAGUUCUUAACCUGAAGCACUAUUUCUGGCUUAGUGGAGUGUGUAACCUGAAGCGUAUGUAACCUGAAGCGUAUGUAACCCGAGGUACCACUGUAGUACCCCUCCGGCGGGAAGGUAAACAGCGCUUCCGUGCGCUGCUCUGGUUCGCCAGAAGCGGCUUAGUCCUGCUGGCCACAUGACCAGAAGCUGUACGCCGGCUCCCUCGGCCAGUAAAGCGAGAUGAGCGCCACAACCCCAGAGUCAGCCACGACUGGACGUAAUGGUCAGGGGUCCCUUUACCUUUACCUUUAGGUCUAAACCACAGAGCCUAGGACUUGCCAAUCAGAAGGUUAGCGGUUUGAAUCCCCGCAAUGACGGGGUGAGCUCCUGUUGCUCGGUCCCUGCUCCUGCCCACCUAGCUGUGUGUCUCCGUGGGGUCUACAGCGGGAGAGAGGGAUAUAAACAAAUAAAAUUAAUAACACACACACUGCUUCCACCUUCGUAUCUCAUUCUCUCCCUGCUUUUGACAGGCGAGGCACUCGGUGCCAUUGGGAACCCCAAAGUUCUAGACGUCCUCAAACAAUACUCGGAAGACCCUGUCGUCGAGGUAAAUCCAGGGGCUCCUUUGCAACUCUUCCCCGAACCUGACCCGAUCCAAAAAGUUAACACCCCUCCCUCCUAUAUAUAUAUAUAUAUAUAUAUAUAUAUAUAUAUAUAUAUAUAUUCGUUUUUUUAACAUACCAUUUUCAACAGUAAUUAAACAUACUUUUUCACCUUAUUCAAUUUUUUGACUUCCAUCAGUCCUGUCUGAAAAUUUUCCAAUCUAAUAAUCUCUUAGUAUGCAUGUCUUACUUUCCCUAUUACAUUUAAAACUCAUAACCAGUAUCUCUAUCUACUUUAUAAACACUUUGUAUAUUUCUCCUUACAAAACUUCUUGUAGUCCCACUAUUGUAAUUUGUUGGUUACAAUUGCUCUUCAAAUAAUUCAUAUGCUUCUUCCAAUCUUCUGUAAAUUUCUGGUCCCGCAGGUUUCGAAUCCUUUCUGUCGUUUUGUCCAAUUCUGCAUAAUCCAUUAAUUUCGUCUGCCGUUCUUCUUUCGUCAGAAUUUCCUCUCGCUUCCAUUUCUGGGCUAACAAUACUCUUGCCGCUGCUGUUACGUAUAAAAACAGUUUAACAUCUUGCCUAUUAAUAUCCUGGCCUAUAAUACCAAGUAAAAAUGCUUCUGUUUUUUUUAAGAAUGUAUUUCAUGUUUUUCACGAAAUAUACGUUCUUGAAAAACACCCCACCAUCCUUUUCAGGUGGCAGAGACGUGUCAGUUGGCUUUGAAGAGACUGGAAUGGCUUCAGGAACACCCGGCAGAAGCAUCCUCCGGUCCCUACUCCUCCGUAGACCCAGCGCCUCCAUCCGAGGAGGCGGACGUGGAAAGGUUGCGGCAGGCUUUGCUGGACGAUUCGCGGCCGCUGUUCGAGCGAUACCGGGCCAUGUUUGCCCUGCGCAACGUCGGCGGGGAAUCGGCCGUCCUGGCCUUGGCGGAUGGUGAGUCUCCUCGCUUCUCUUGGGCCAGAGAUUUUGCCUGGUCAGCGGCUCUGGCCGGAAUUUGGGCCCGCUCAGCUGCUUGUCUAGGACCCUCGUACCUACGGGACUGCCUGCCCCACGGAGAGCCUCAAGGUCCAUAAAUAGCAACACCCUAGUGGUCCCGGGUCCUAAGGAAGUCAGAUUAGCCUCAACCAGAGCCAGGGCCUUUUCAGCGCUGGCCCCGGCCUGGUGGAACGCUCUGUCUCAUGAGACCAGGGCCCUGCGGGAUCUGAUUUCUUUCCACAAGGCCUGUAAGACAGAGUUGUUCCGCCUGGCCUUUGGCUUGGGUCAUUUUGGACUCACAGCUGUCCAUGGAGGCGUAGGUUAAUUCUGUGUCCAGGGCGGCUGUCUACCAGCUCCAUCUGGUAUGCAGGAUGAGACCCUCCUUGCUGGCAGACUGUCUGGCCAGAGUGGCGCAUGCUCUGGUUAUCUCCCGCUUGGACUACUGCAAUGCGCUCUCCGUGGGGCUGCCUUUGAAGGUGACCCGGAAACUGCAAUUGAUCCAGAAUGCGGAAGCCAGACUGGUGACUGGGAGCGGCCGCCAGGACCACAUAACACCGGUCCUGAGAGAUCUGCAUAGGCUCCCAGUACGUUUCCGAGCACAAUUCAAAGUGUUGGUGCUGACCUUGAAAGCCCUAAACGGCCUCAGUCCUGUAUACUUAAGGGAGUGUCUCCACCCCCAUCGUUCUGCCCAGACACUGAGAUCCAGCGCCGAGGGCCUUCUGACGGUUCCCUCAUUGCGAGAAGUGAGGUUACAGGGAACCAGGCAGAGGGCCUUCUCGGUGGUGGCGCCCGCCCUGUGGAACGCCCUGCCGUCAGAUGCCAAGGAAAUAAGCAGCUAUCUUCUCUUUAAAAGACAUCUGAAGGCAGCCCUGUUCAGGGAAGUUUUUACUAUUUAGUGCUGUAUUGUUUUUAACACUUGAUUGGGAGCCGCCCAGAGUGGCUGGGUAAACUCAGCCAGGUGGGCGGGGUAUAAAUAAUAAAUUAUUAUUAUUGGGAACACUACAAGCUCUGGCUCUUAAAAAUAACGCAAGGCCCUAGUCCUCAAGCCCCUUUCCUGAACUGCGAUUCUCCUCUCCCCUCCACCCUCAAGGCCUCCGGUGCGGCAGCGCCCUCUUCCGCCACGAGGUCGCCUACGUCCUCGGACAGAUGCAACACGAGGCGAGCGUCCCACAGCUGACGGCCUCGCUGGAGAACGGCGCUGAGAGCCCCAUGGUGCGCCACGAGUGCGCCGAGGCCCUGGGCUCCAUCGCCCGGGCCUCCUGCCUCUCCGCCUUGCAGGCCCACGCCCAGGACAAGGAGCGCGUCGUACGGGAGAGCUGCGAGGUAGCGCUGGACAUCUACGACUACGAGAACGGCGGCGAUUUCCAGUACCCUGACGGGCUGAGCAAGCUGAAGAGCUCGGACUGAAAAGGGCGCAGGGAGCUAGCCGAGUCCCGGCCGCCGCGAUCUCAUCCCGGUUUGGAUUCCCGCAGCGCCGGACGGAGAGACGCAAGACGUCUCACCUCCGUUUCUAAUUUGCGGCCUGUUUCUCUGCUUGGUGGUUGGUGGGUGACGGGUACCUACAUCUCGAUAGCGGGUUCUGUUCCGGAUCUGGUGACUUUUCUGUUUCCCCUUUCUCAUUUUUGCAAAUAUAUGUUCACGCGUAUUUAUUUCGCUUUGAAAA